AUGGCCAGUGAGAGCAGAAUAUCACAGGUGGCUACGACCAUCCCCGUCAGGAACGUGCAGGAUCUCGCGGCUUGCGACGCCGGCGAGCUAACGGCUGAGGCACUGGAGCGGUACAUCAGGCCGGACAUUGACAAGGAUGCAGUCCUUUACGAGCACGCCGGCGAGCUUCCGGUGGUUGACCUUGGAAGACUCCUCAAUCCACAGCACUGGGAUGAGGAGGCGGCCAAACUCAGAUCUGCUUGCGAGGAGUGGGGCUUCUUUCAGGUUUUGAGUCAUGGAGUUCCAGAAGAGGUUAUGGUGAACAUAAAGCGCGAUAUUCAGGAGUUCUUUCAGCUACCGCUAGAUGUGAAGAAUGCUUACGCACAAACCCCAGGAGAUCUUCAAGGGAAAUCCCUUGAAGAUUACUGCGAUGAAUUGAAGAAAGUAGCCCAUUCCAUCGUAGAAGCCAUAGCAAAAAUUCUAAAUAUUGAUCCUGAACUGACGAGUGACAAAUAUGUCGUGCAAGUUCUAAGGAUGAAUUACUACCCUCCGUGCAUGUCGAUGCCCGAAAAGGUUUUGGGAUUCUCGCCUCAUUCAGAUGGAUCUUUUCUUACCAUCCUUUUACAAGUUAAUUCAGUCGAAGACCUCCAAAUAAAAAGGAGGCAUGAUGCAUGGAUCCUGGUGAAACCACACCCCGAAGCAUUAUUGGUGAAUGUUGGAGAUCUCCUUGAGAUUAUGACGAACGGAAAGUUCAAGAGUAUUGAGCAUAGGAUCAUCAUUAAUCCUCGUAAGGAACGAUUAUCGGUUUCUGCGUUCCACAAUCCAAAGUUUGAUGGGGUGGUUUCACCGGUUACGUGCACUCCAACAGAAAAGCUUUUGUACAGGACAGUGAAGGUGGAAGAUUACAUUACGCAUCACAUGUCAAACAAACUAGAUGGAAAGCGAGCCUUGGAUCAUGUGAAGGUGUUCUAA